AUGCUGAUGCUGGACUGCAAUUCAGAGUCUGGUAGUUUCAGCAACCUAUUUGAGACAGGAACCGGUGUGAACGCACCUGCAGAUGCCUCAGGUCAGUCUCCAGCUCACUUGGCUGCUUGUGGUGGUGAAGCUUUCUUCCUACUUUGGCAACUGCAGACAGGAGCAAAUUUGAACCAGCAGGAUUGCCUUGGAGAAGCCCCGAUACAUAAAGCAGCAAAAGUUGGGAGUUUGGAAUGUCUUGCUCUCCUUGUUGCUGGUGAUGCUAAAAUUGAUUUGUGCAACAACAGUGGACAGACAGCAGCAGACCUUGCACUGGAUUAUGGCUUUCUGGAAUGUGCCAAGUUCCUCAGGACAAUUGAGCACACUCAGACAAUGAAACUGAGAGGACAGUCUGAAUACCUGCUAAGUGACAGACAGGGCUUGUGGAAAGAGGAUCCAACUGCAAGGAAACAAGAAAGUGAAACCAGCAGAUCCAUGAACAGAAAGAGGAGAAUAUCAGAUGAUCUUGUAUCCUAGCUGCUAGAAGAAACAGCUUGUAAUCCCAAUAUGAAAUAAGGGGAAUCUGAAGUCUGAAGAACCAUGACUGGAUGAUACACUGAGCAGCCAGAUGUGUGUG